AUGGAGUCACGGUCAUAUCUCAGCUCGAGCGAGCUCAACGCCGCUGCCCUUGACCACUUCGUCUACCAACCCGUCAGCAAGUCGAUGAUUUCCUACCUGGCCGGCGCCGCCUAUAAUGUCAUCGCAUGCGACAGCGCUCUGAUGCCUCCCGCAUCCGCAGAGGCAUAUCGUCAACAGCAGCUCCCCCCGACACCACCCAGGACGCCCGAACCCCGCCCUGUCCGCUCCGAAGACGCCGACCUGCCUACGCUUGAGGCCUUUAUCACCCAACUCGUCGUCUCGUCCAACGUCCAGGUCCCGACGCUCAUGUCGACACUCGUAUACCUCACUCGGCUCAAGUCUCGUCUGCAGCCCAUGGCUCGUGGUCUCCGGUGCACCACCCACCGUAUCUUCCUUGCCGCCCUCAUAUUGACCGCCAAGUACCUGAACGACAGUUCGCCCAAGAACAAGCACUGGGCUACCUACAGCCAUGCCAACAACGACUUCUCCAGCUUUGGCUUCAGCAGAACGGAAGUCAACUUGAUGGAGAAGCAGCUUCUCUUCUUGCUGGACUGGGACCUGAGAAUUACCGAGGAGGAUCUCUACCGCGAGCUUGACCCCUUCCUCGCGCCCAUUCGCGCCGAAAUCGAAGCCAAGCAUGCCCGUCGCUUGGCACGCCGUCGCAAGCAGGAGGAGGAGAUGCGCCGGAGGCAGGAGGAAAUGUACAACAUGACCACUUACCCCAGCCCCCCCUCCUCUCGCGCUAGUUCUCGUUCACGACAAGAGACGCCGGAUCAUACUCGCACUUGCAGCGGCUCUUCCAUCACCCCCCCUGGCCUGUGCUACAGCAGCAGCUACGGCAGCUCGAUCAGCUCCUUUGCUCCUUCUGUAGCGUCAAGUCGCUCCCAGUCACGGGCCACGACGCCGCUGGACAACCCCACUGAUGAGCCGUACAUGUACGUGCCCAACGGUAGCUUGUAUGACUCGCCGGUCGAGGUUCAUAUCGAGCACCCAGCGUCCACUUUGUCGAAGCGGAAACCACUUCUUCCCUACGAAAUCAGCACCGAGGAGCUUCGCGACAUGCAAGACGGCACCAAGGCCAAGAGAGCACGCAUGGGCCGUGGCAUGUGGGGUCGCGUUUUCGGCGGUGCCGUGACAGUGCGGUAA